CACCGAUCCUGGGCCCAGGAUGGGCUUGGCCAGGAGUAGUGUAUGUGCACAGUUGGCGCCCUCCCAGGGGGCUGCGCGCAGCGAUCGCCGGGUGAGUGAUGGAGGCGACCAUACGGCGCGGCGCCCUGGGCCACAUGGCCGCGCGGAUGGCCGCCGCCACUCGCCAGCGGUGGCGGCGCGGCUCCGCGCCGCCAGCGAGAGCAGUCGGAGGAGGGACAGUCGAGCGACGCAGGAAAAUAGGUUUGACUGUGCCGACAUUUGCGCGCAAGCUGUCCGCGUCAGCUGCGGCGUAAGGUCGCCUACGUUUUCUCUCGCAAGACGCGAUUCUGAUCGUCGCUCUGUUGAGACACGGGGUCGCCUGUUGGCCGUCGGCGGGCCGCCCCAUCGCCACGGUGGAGCCCAGCUCUGAAAGCUGGUGCGUUCGGACGCCGUCGGGUCGGAGGGCCGCCGUUGUCUCAACUGGCCCUCCCCCGAAGCAGGAGCAGCAGCCGCAAGCGCGCAAAGAGGCGUCGUGCAGGUGCCGCCCCUGGCGCGCCCCGCGCGACAGUGCGGGGGGUCCCAGCGCAGAUCCAAGAAAUCCGCGCGGACCUCCGAGACGUGAUGUUUGUGCCGCUCUCUGUUCCUCUACACCUGCAGCCCGACGAGAUUCGGGGCAAGAGGGGCGUCUUGGACCGUCGCAUCCAGGAGAGCUCGGCGCUGCUCCCGACUCUGCGCAUCCCAGGGCGGCGCCGCGGGCCGUCGUGGGUCCGGAGGCCAAGACGCAUGGCACGGACGACAGCUCGGACGGCCUCUUCCCGAGGGAGUCGGCGAGGCACGCAGUACAGCACAUCGGCGGCCGCUUUCGGACAUGCUGCCAGCCGACGGCCGAGACUCCGAGAAGGGAGGGCACGCCGGAUGACAAGUUCUUGCGGCAGCCGACGGUGCACCCGGUGCGGUGCAGCUGCGGCGGCAUGCAGAUAUUCAGAGCCACGACCAUGGACAGGGAGGGCAGUAGCGCUUUCGUCACACCAUCACAGAGGACGCCACCGUCGCCCGCGGCACUGUAUUCCCGUCGCAGCCGGAUUAUCGGGGGGGCGACGCCCGCCACCCCAAACAAGGAGAGCAUUUUGCUACGGCAGAUGAAGUUGGUAAUGCACCUCGCGCCGAACCUCUGCCUGCGGCGUGCAGGUCUCAGGAGCUGUCAGCGGCCGGAGAGCACUGGACUUACGUCGGACUAGGCCGCCGUGUCUUGUGGAGGCCAACGCUGCGCGCGGCGCUGCGCCUCCAGGCCGGCGCGCGGGGCGCUGGGGAGCCGAAGGCGGAGACCAAGGACCGCAGGGGCACCUCGAGCGACACCAGCCGCAGGGGACUGCGGCAUGAGCUGCUCCGCCGCGCGAACGUGCAGCCCGGCCUCCGCAGGGUCCUGCCCGGGGGAGGGGGAGUCCGCGCCGCACCCCCAGAGCUGCCAGCGGCCGCGGCGGCGUGCAGCUCCGCCCUCUGCAGGGUCCGCGGAGGAGCAGGGCGACGCUGCACCGGGCACGGCGCGCUGCUGGCGGUCGAGGCAGAUGUUCGGCAGCACGCUCGGGAGCCUGCACAGGGGCCCGGAGCCCAGGGGCAGGGCGGGCGCGGGUGGCAGCCGCUGCGUGGAGGACGACGCUGCGCUCGGAGCUCCGCUUCCGCGGCAGCUGCGCCGUGCGGGCCGCCGCGAGGCUGCAGGCCAGGGUCCCGGAGGCCUGGGCGGGCGGCGUGCACGGCAGCUGCGCGGGCGGAAAAGUUUGUGCGGGAGGGCGCCGUCGCGCGGUGGGCGGCAUGCAGAUCGCUGUGCCGGCGGCGGUGGACGGCAGAGUGCCAUCGAAAAUUAUGCGUAUGCCGUUUCUUGGUUCCUCCGUGAACGCGAUGUCGAGGUCGCGAUGACCACGAUAUCCAGGGCAGUGAGGGCCCCGAUUACGUAUCGCCUGGCUUGCGCAGAGCGGGAGUUCGAGGUCUGCCGCAGGCUUUCAGACUACCGCGUCCAGACGAAUUGCACACUGCACCCAGAGCCGUGCCCAGAAAGCCCGCCCCUGCGUUGCAGCGCAGGUGCGAGGAUUCGGAACACCAGAAAUUCACCCUCGUUUCAUGUGUUUGUGAGCCUGCCCCAUCGUCCUCCUCCCUCCCCAGCCACUUCUGAGCAACCCGGCACGAAACUGGCUGGACUGCACUUCUUGUCGCCAUCGAAUGGCAACAACAUUGUGGGCAUUAUUUUCGCUUGCCUGCAGCUUGCAGCUAUCAUCCCGAGGCGGACUGGACUGGCGCCGCGCACAGCCGCUGCGCGUGCAGUCUGCGUGGAUUGGUGGCGCUGCGUGUGUCGCCACCAUGCCGUCCAGAAGGCUGGUUGGAUUCGUGAUUGAUGUGAUUUGCGAAGUAUCGUAGACGUUCUCUGCUCUCGGCUGCCGAGAGAGAACCCGUAUUCAGUCUCCAAUGCACACCACUGUUCUUGUGGUCCGCCUGCGACCCCCCCGCCGGCUAUACCCGACAGGACCCCCUCCGCCGCGCGACCUGCAAGCUUGUUUUCGGCCCCCGUAGACCAGGCAGUGUGGCGGGCCUGGUCCACCUCUGCCGCAGGCCCCCAUUGCAAUAGGCGUGGCGGAGUCUAUCCCUGUCUGCCGGUCGCUGUGGAUGAGGCGGGCGCUUCAGCAGCAGGCACCCUAGUGCUUGGGGCGCACCGGUCAUCUCACUUUCCCGCUUCUCCUUCCGUCCUCACUCUCUGCGGCGGGUGUGGAAAAGUCGCUGUCGCAGCCACAGGCAGCCGUGGAGGCACGGGCGUGCAGAGACACACCGUGGUUAUAUUGCAGCAACGCAGCUUGAAGCAGAAGUAGUCUGUCUUGUCGGCAGCGGGCUCAGCUUUUCAUGUGCAAUCCCCCAUAUCCCCCUCCAUCGUGCCGCCCUGCUGCGGCGGGCGUUUACAGCAGGCAUGGUUAGUGCUCACAACUCUUUUCUUUGAAGGCCGCCGCGGAAGAAGCGGUGACAUCGGUUGGAGCGCUUGCAGGGCAUCACCGUGAUCCGAUCCCUCAUCACUCUUGCCAGCGGCGGUCUAUCACCGAAAGAAACGCCAAUAUUUCGGUCUCCGCUGCUGUCUUGAUGGUUUUCGUGCUGGGCUAUUGUUUAAGAUGUUAGGACAAGUCAGAAGCAGUGCUUGUGUCUCGCUGAUUUUUUGGAGGCUGGCUGUUGAUACAUUUCGAGCAAGCUGCAGGGCCAUUUCCCUUGCGUGCAGGCCUCCGUAGAAGCGCCGCAUGCUGCAGCAGGUGCCAGUUUUGUUCUGCCCGGUUCGCACCAUCGCGGCUGGUUAGAGAA